CCACAGAAGAAGAUUUGAGCCAAAAGACAACAAGAGCUUUACCUGUAACAAGUGAACUUAUGUUGCUAAGCACAGAGGAGAUAGUUCAAAAUGCCGAAACGAGGAGGGGAACACGACCAAGUAAUGAGAAUCCUACCACAAUUACGUCCGUCAUUACUUCCGAGCCUGAAGAGGAAGAGACAGCUGACCCUGGGGUAAUGGGAGGAAACUUACUGAAAUCAAAGAUAGAUAACCGUCACAGAUUAUGGAAAUCGGGCACAAAAGAUAACACCAGCGUAGUAGUGAUUAUCAUUGGGAUUGUCGCAAUCAUGCUUGCUUGCGUCAUUGCAAUUAGCGUGAUUCUGGUAGUGAUAAUUCUGCGGAAAAGAAAGAAAAAAGAACAACAAGUCGCAAAGAAGUUUGUUAUGGCAAAAACACCUCGUAAAAUGGAAUGUGCGGACCUAAAUGCAACAAAAUUCACGCACGGAGGGGCUCUUGUUCUUGAUGCAAAAUUACAUGGUCCUGUGGUACAUGCUGAGGGAGAUGCAGAAGGGAGAACUAUUCAAACUGUUCAGUUUGACCCUCAUCUCAACGAAAUUGUUGAUAUUGGCACCAAUAUCGACGUUCUUCCGGAAACCAAUGAUACAACAACCGUGGCAACUACUGCUGCUGCUGAAAAAAGAACUAUAAUGGAAAAAGUGAUUAAAUUGGGUAAGGUAAGUAACCACUCUAGUUAUUUGUUAUAUCAUGCAAUUAUUGGUGAGUGCUGA